AAUAAAGUGGUUCAAUUAUGCAACUUUAGUCUAUAUAUUUAUUUAUUUUUCUAUGUUUCAAAAACCAAACCAUGGGCUUAGUAGUAAUAUUAACUACUCCAUCAAACAUAAAUUUUGAAGCUUCAUAAAGAGCCCUUCUUUAGAGCUCAAAUCAAAAAAAUAAAAAUAAAUAAUCAAUCUCCCAAUUUAGCUAAAAAGCCAUGUUGGGCAAGAAAUCGAGACCGGUGAUUGGAAUACUCACCGGAUCUUUGAUCUCCGGCAAUAAAGCCGGGGUAGCGGAGGUCGCCGCUAGCCCAAUUACUCACCGACUCGAUUCCAAGGCUCAAUCUCCGAAAGGGCUUAGAAGUUUCGAUUUCGGGGCGGUGGGGCUAGGCAUAGUGGCGGCCCUCGAAAAAUCCAGCGACUGCCGGAUCGAAACUCCGGCGAACAAGGCGCUGUUCAGCCGGAAUUUGAGCCUAUCGAACCCAAUUCCGAUCGCGACGCCGAAGAGUUCGACGAGAAACAACGAGAGCUUUGAGGAGAUGGAGAGAGAGAGUAUGGACGAGGAAGAGUACACUAUAGUGACGUGUCACGUUCCGAACAAGUCCUACACUAAGGUGUAUUGCGAUAGCCGAAGAGGCGAUGAUAGGAGCCCUUUCCGGAUACAGAAAAGCACCGCCGCUAAGAGCAGCGUCUUCCACAUAUCUCCGGUGAGAUCCGGCGAGGUCGCCGGAGCUCCGGCCACGGAUUUUUUGAGCUCGUGUGAUAUGUGCCGGAAGAAGCUUCAAGGCGAGGACAUAUACAUGUACAGAGGAGAGAAAGCAUUCUGCAGCACAGAGUGCAGAUACAGGCAAAUAGUUAUGGAUGAGAGGAAAGACAAGUGCGGCAGCUCCGCCGUAGAUGUUUCCGGAUCGCCGUACAGUAACGGCCAGUUUUUCACCACCGGAAUUCUCGCUAUUUAGUUUUUUUUUUUUUUUU